CUGGCCCAGCUGGAGCUUCUCAAUGGCCUGCCUAAACCCAGAGUGGGACCCUGGUGGCCCUGUCCUAUGGACAACAUUGUGGAGGUGGCUUACGAUGAGAUCUGUGCCAGUGUCUGGAACCUCCAGCAAGAAGAAUGCUUCUUCAGGGAAGCCGGCCUUGGCAUCGGCCCGACGGCUCUGGAUCGGGAGCGGCCUUCCCUAGGUCCUGCCCUGCCCAGCGGGCCCGAACUCGAGCUGCCCGGCUGGGGCAGUUCCCUGUCCCAUGUGCAGCCAUCGCGGGACCCCGUUGGCCGUGUCCUGCGGCCGGGCACGUGGCCGUGGCGUACCUCCAGGUCUGUGACAGCGCCUGGGGCCUCCGGCGGGAGGAAUGCCACAUCUUCCAGACCAUAGACAUGUUCGUGUACCAGAUGUACGAAGAGAAGGUAGCAGGUUAUCUUGGUCCUAACAAACCCAAGGUCUGUCUGAAGCUGCCCAAACCAGAACAGCCUGAGUUCCUGCUCAGCCCAGUGGCGUGUCCAUAUCCAUCUUUAACCAUGCCAUCACUUGUGGAUUGCACCUGCCGCACUGCUGGCAGUGACUGGGUCGUGUGCAGGUGCCACACUUCUGCCUGUUUGUUUCUGCUAGUGGCACAUUGAAGGCUUGUCCUCAGAAACACUUGAAUGGAAUACUAGGUUGUCACCUGUCGAAUGCCAGUCUCACAUGCAGAGUUGUGGGUGAGACUACAGGGAUACACCUGUCUUCAAGUCCCAGUGGAUCCGCAAUUAGCCUCUGGUAGCAAUGAGGCCAGGCAUAGUGAUUCCUCCAGCACCUGCAGCUUUGCAGAAAACAUCGAUUCAAGAAACCAGUUGUUGCUCCACAAAGUGCCUGUUACUGAUGGCUAUCUUGCGAGCAAUCCCAAGCAGGAUAAUACCAUUGAGGGGUCAGCUACCAGCAGCCAUGCAAGCCAAGUCACUGUCCACCCUGUGGGCUCCGAUGUCCUAAGAAAAGAGAUGAUCCAAAGAAAAUGCCAUUUUAGCAAAUGGAGAUUAUC